AUGAAAGCAAAUCUCUUUACCAUCGCUAUGUAUUAUGCUCUCAUCGAACGAGCGGUGUUAACAAAAGUUCCAGUGUUAGCUCGACAACGGAAAACUAUCACACAAUUAACACUAGACAUCGAUAAAACUGUGAUCACGUCAGCAACGGAAAUUGUUUCUGGUAUUGAUGAAUCAUUCCCCGUUCUCAUCGCCUUGGACUUUAGCAGGAACAUUUUGGCCUAUAUGGAAAGCUGGCAGCGAUCAUCUAGUGGCAACAUCCGCGUGAUUGCUCUGGAUAAUAGUACAGUUCCAUCAUACAUACAACGCAGUAGCGGUGUUGCAGAAGAAACAGUCACUUCACUUGCUAUCGACUGGGUAACUGGCAAACUAUACGUGGGUGUUGAAACAGCUAGUAUACAUAAUGCUGGACGCAUAGAAGUAUGUCCUUUGGAUGGCCAGACUACUUGUGCUAUUGCACUGCACUCUAGUUUUGAAAAUCUGAAUUCUCGAGUUGAUGCCCUUCAUUCUCUGGUACUUGACCCAGUUGAUGGCUAUAUGUAUUGGUUGAAUCGUGUGCAUAAACGUAUUGAACGGGCGUGGAUGGAUGGUCGACAUCACGAUCCUCACUGUUUUAAAGAUAAUACUAUUGGUGUUGUUGCUACAUCUGCUCUUACGCUAGAACAGGUAAGUCGAAUGUUGUACUAUGUUCGUACUCGGACAUCGUUGGACGAAUCACAAAUUUGGAGCUGUUCAUUAUAUGAUCGUGAAUCGUGCCGAACAGUUGCCAGUAAAGUGAACGCCUUUUACCUCGAUGUUUUCAGUGAUUAUUUGAUAUGGACAUCAGUGACAAAUCAGAACUCCGGCAUAACAGUAUGUGAGAAAAUGGACUGUGAUCGUACAACUCGUGAAAUGAUCAAUUCAAGUGGUGUUGAAGCUCUCGUUGUAUUCGAUGAAGAGGUUCAGCCACUGAAGCAGUCGUUGAAUCCUUGUGAAUCAAAAAACGGUGGCUGUUCACACAUUUGCGUUCUGAUUCCUGGUGCACCAUGGCGAUCUUGCCUAUGCCCGGUGGGAGUUCGUCUUCUUCAAGAUCGUUUAACUUGUUCACCUAAUGGAAUAGAAAGUUUGUUAUAUGUGGCGACGACAUCAGGCUUGAUUUUUAUUUCAUUAGAUACAGCCCAUCAUACACCUCUGCCACUCCCAAAUGUAGCUUCUGAGAUACGAGACACUAAAGUUGUGCAUAUUGAUUUUGAUCCAAUCGAUAAGAAGUUAUUCAUGAUUGACGGAGACAUGGGUGUUAUUCGUAGGUGCAAUCCAGAUGGCACAGGAAUGGAGGUCUUUGUUGAAGAUUCAGAUAAGCUAGUUUCCGAUGCUCUAGCUGUUGAUUGGCUGAAUCGUAAUUUAUACUGGUUAGAUAGUAACGUUGCACAAAUCAAGAUGCAAAGCUUAUCUAGCAAAGGACGACAGAUAGUAAUAUCGCACGGAUUGAAACAGCCACGUGGUUUAGCUUUGGAUCCAGAUGGUGGUUAUAUGUUUUUUUCAGACUGGCACGAAAGCACGAGCCGCAUCGAAAAAGCAUGGCUAGAUGGUUCACAUAGGCGAGUGCUCGUUUCGCUGGAAAAAAAUGCCUGGCCAAAUGGAAUUGUGGUUGAUGCAAGGCAUAAGCGUUUAUAUUGGGCAGAAGGGAGUCGAUCAUUUAUUAAGUCAGUAGCAGUUGAUGGGAAGUUAGAUGUUCAGGUUUUCGCAGAAAGUGUGAACCAUCCUUAUUCACUUACUAUAUUAGGUAAUUCGUUAUACUGCAAUUCGCUGUAUGGUCGUAAGAUAUCAGUAUUUCGUGUACCUCGACACAAUGAAUCUGUUUUGAAUGUGCAGUUAUCUGUGGUAUCUGAUUCUGUUAUUUUUGGUCAGAUGGGUAUUCGAGCGGUUAAUCUGAAUCAUAUCCCGGAGGGUGUUUCUCCCUGUCAGACAAGUAAUGGUGGAUGUUCGCACAUUUGUGUCAAGCUACCAAAUGGCAAAAGAGGCUGUGUUUGUCCGGUUGGCUAUGAGUUGCAAGCAGAUAAUACAACAUGCAUUUUUCCUACUGCAUUUCUCAUCUACACUCAAAGCCCUGCAGUGAAUACAGCUAAUAGCAUCAUGCGAAUUUCUUUGGAAACAGCUCCAGCUAAUAAUCACCGUAUCAACAUUGCUGAUAUGACAUCAGCUCCAGUUAGCGUCGACAUCAAUCAGAAUUCCCAGAGAAUUUUUUGGUCAUCUGAAGGACGUGGUCGCUCGAUCCGCUCACUACUUCGUAGCGCCUUUUUUAACGGUUCUGGUUUGGAAACUGUGUAUGAAGGAAACGCAGUGAAUUAUAUCGCUGUGGACUGGAUCACCUCAAAUAUUUAUUGGUGUAAUAUGGAACAGCGUCGAAUUGAAAUGGUUCGUGGUGAUGGACGUCGUCAUCGUACAAUUGCAUGGGAAAAUAUUGAUCCUCGAUAUCUAGUUGUCCAUCCACUUCAGCGAUUUCUUGUUUUUGUUAAUUAUUAUAAUCGGCAAAAAAUCACUAUAAAUAAAAUACCUCUCCAUGGCGAACAAUCAGGAGGCCAAGUUAUUGUUCAACAGCUGGACACAGUUAAUGCACUUGCAAUUGAUUUUGAAUCUGAAUUGUUAGUGUGGUCAGAACUGAAUGAACGUGGAGGUGGAGUUUCCAUUUCUGACUUCAGUGGGAGAAAUCGUGUUCGUUUAGUAUAUAGUGAACAGUUAUUACCUGUUGCAUUAGCUGUUUAUAAUCGACAAAUAUAUAUUGCCAAUAUGAAUAGCAAUACUAUUGAUCUGUAUAGCGGCCAUGCAUUAACAGUUUUACAUGAUGGUGUCAGUCAUGUUUCAAAUCUUGUUGUUGCACAUGCGCAGAUAAGUAAAGGUUGGAAUGGCUGUGUUCAGAACAAUGGUGGCUGUAGUGAUAUAUGCGUGGCAGUCAGCGGAAGUUUGUACAACGCAAGUGCCAAAUGUUUUUGUGAGGAUCACUUUACCUUUGAUGACGUUGGUGGAAAGUGCUUGCCACCAAAACACUUUCUGUUGGUCGCUGUUCGAGGUCGCUUCAUACGUUUCAAUCUGAGACAAGCGGAUACCGGUGGCGUAUUCUGGAAGAAUGACCCUUAUUCAAUUUUGUCAAUAACAGAUGUUGGCACACCGGUUUCAGUGGGUGUUGAUUUAUUUUCUGCAAAUCGUUCGAUUUACUGGAUUGAUUCAAAUGAUGAUAAAGUUAUUAAACGAUCAUCAGAUUUAUCGCAAUCCAUGACGCAUACAAUUACAUUAUCAAAACAUUCGAAUUGUGCGAUACUUUUCUACUUAGCAGUCGAUGAAGUAGGCCGACAGUUAUUUGUUUCAUGCGCAGAACAUGGGCUUAGUCAUGCAUCAUCCAUUCAUGUCUGGCGUAUAAAGAAUAAUGAUCAUUUGGAAUAUAUCGGCGUUGUCGUGUCAGGAAGAGAGCGUUCUGUAGUAACUGAUCGACCUCCUUAUCCUCGACAAAUUGCUCUUUUUCCUAGACUGAACCUCCUUUUUUACGUUGAUGAUGCUGCUUCCAUUCCUGUGAUUGUUCGGUGUUCAUUGAAUGGUCGCCAGUGUGUACAGUGGGAAGCACCAAAUUUAAUGCACACCGUGAAACUUUAUGCUUUUCAAAUCAACGACCGAUUGUACUAUACGACAGCAAAUGGGUUGUGGUCACGAGAUGCACACGUGUUUUCGGAUGUACGUCAUCACGUCAAAGCGCGACCUUCAGAUAUUGAUAUGGUUCCAAUCAACGCGAAGAAAUUGAUAAUUAUUGCGAAAAAUGAAUCCCAAUAUGAUGAUCUGCUCUUGGAACUAAUGGAUGAUAUUCCUACUGUUUCUUUGGAUGAACUGAAAUGGAGCACAACAUCGCCCUUUUCAGUAAAGCAUAUUCUGGCACUGACAGUGGUUGGCAGUAUCGAAAGGGACUUUUAUGUUAAUUUGAACCAUACUUGUGCAGUAUCACACUGUUCACAUUUGUGCCGAGUCCCACGAGAUUCUAGGAAACGUCAUGAAUGUCUUUGCCCUCUUGGAUUUGGCUUGCAAACUCCAAGUGAAACUUUUUGUUUUAAACAUACAUCGUGUCUGCAUUGGCAAUUUAAAUGUGACGAUGGACAGAAAUGCAUACAUGCAAUGGCAAAAUGUGAUGGUCAUUAUGAUUGCGCCGAUGGUAGUGAUGAAUCUUCGCAUUGGUGUGGCAAUAUUGCUUUUGAUAAAUGGCCAUGUGAUAACAGGAAAGCAUCAGUUGCCCGAGCGCUUGUUUGUAACGGAGCAGAAGAUUGUGCCGAUGGAUCAGACGAGGCUCAUUGCCGGUGUGCUAAUCCGCUUUUUUAUUUCGACUGUACCUUUGGACUAAAUGCUGCAUUGCAUCCUGCUGAAUGUAUUCGCCGAGAGUUGAUUUGUAAUGGUAUAAACAACUGCUAUGCUGGUCAGGAUGAAGAGAAACAGCUCUGUGCUGAAUUUGUUGCGACAGUAACAGUUGCUACAGCUAUAUCACCUUCAUUCGAAUUGAUUAUACCCUUGGCAGUAUUUUUCUUAGCACUUAGUAUUGUAAGUGUGUGCUGCUGCCAUCUUUCGAAGCAACGACCACUAGGACAAAAUUUAUCUCAUGCAACAACACAUUCACUGCCGAUGAAUGCUGAGCCACUAGUGCUAUUGUCAGCACAUCCAGAUGGUACGCAGAUUGAGUUCCAGCUUCAUACUUACUCUGUUGGAGCAUCAUCGCUGUAUAAUGCAUUGCCUCCACCAAAUUCACGAUUAUCAACCGAUACAAUUUCAUAUCUUCACUCACUCAAUAGUAGCCCUUCGGAAAAGGGUUCCAUGCUUGCUGCAGUUAGUGCUGCUGUAGCUAAAGCAAAUUCGCGGAAGUUUUUUGCACCACCACCUUCUGCUGCAAGUUUGUCAACAUAUGGUGUUGUGAAACCAGCUGGGAUGCGAGUUCAUUUGCAGCACGGUGGUGGUGGUGGUAUAGUUUCCACUAGAAAUAGACGAAAACAACGAAAUCAUUCACGUACUGUUGGUAUCACCAGAACUUAUAGUCCUCCACCAUCGUACUCAAAGGUGAAGACUACUCGUCCAGUUCAUAUCGAUACGGAAAUGGGAUGCAGCGGCGAAGAGUCUCAGCAGCUACAAGUGCCAACGAAUAGUAGAAUUAUUUCCUCGAUAGAUUCAUCAUCAGUGGAAAGUGUGGGACAUGUAUUGUUACCAAGUAGUAAUUUUAUCUCAUCUGUUGAAUGUACUCAUCAACAACAUCUACUCGAUUACUCAUCAACGUCUUCUGAUGUUUCACUCGGGAGUGGCUUUUUGGCGUUAAUAAAUACUCUGCAUUACGCAAUUGUCACUGUAUGCCGGUUUCUGAUAAGCAACCGUUUAUGGAUGUAUGUGCAGGAGCAGGACUGCUUAUCGCUUAAAAAUAGAGCUGUCAUCAGUUUUAGCUUGACUGGAGAGCAGGAGAAUGCGAAUAAGUGUGCUUUCUGA